CUGGGUGCUGCUAGAGAAGCCAAAUUUGUAUAAAUAGAGGAAACUCUGAACAAUAAAAGAACAGCUUGGAAAGUUAUACAGAUUUAAUACAGAAUUCACAGAUUGAUUGAGACUGCAGCCUGAUUUCUGGAUCUCCAGUGUGCUGAAAUAUGGACCUCAGUGUAGCAAGCCUUCUUCUACUUGUGGUACUGGCUGAGACCACCCCUGAGAGAUACUAUCAUGUUAAGAAACACACUUUUCCUACAAAAUCCCAAACUGUUGCUAGUCAACCUGGUAUUCCAGGAUCCCCUGGUGAACCUGGUCCGCCUGGUCCCCCUGGCCCAGCAGGAAUACCUGGAAAAAAUGGUUUUGGACAGACUGGACCUAUUGGCCCACCUGGACAACCAGGUCCAGCAGGUUACUCCUCACCAGGAAAACCUGGAAGCCCAGGAAUACCAGGAAAACAAGGGGGAUUAGGAUUGCCAGGUGAGAAGGGACAUCAAGGGCCUCCAGGACCACAAGGGCCAAGAGGAGCAUCAGGACCACCUGGAACCCAUGGGCCUGCUGGCGUAUCCACUCCUGGAAAACCUGGACCACAUGGUCUUCCUGGUGGAAUGGGUCCACGUGGAGAACAAGGCCUAAUAGGGCAGCCUGGAAUUCCCGGUGUGCCAGGCCAGAAAGGAGAAACCGGCCAUGGUAUUCCAGGUAGACCUGGUGGCCAAGGUCCAUUGGGUCUUCAGGGGCCUCCUGGUCAGCCAGGAAUUGGAAAACCUGGACCAGCUGGAUUUUCUGGAGAGCCUGGAAAGCCAGGAAUGCCAGGAAGGGAUGGAAUACCAGGACCUAUGGGUAUGCAGGGCCAAAAGGGUUACACAGGAGCACCUGGUGUAGGAGCACUAGGAAAACCAGGCCCGAAUGGUGCUCCAGGUUUGCCUGGGCCAGUGGGGCAAAAGGGUCCUCAGGGGCCAGCAGGACAACCAGGAGUUCCAGGUCUGACUGGUACUGGAAAGCCUGGAAUACAUGGACUUCGAGGAGACAGAGGAGAACCAGGAAUCCCAGGUCCCACAGGCCAAAAAGGAGAGUCAGGCCCUAAAGGUUAUACAGGUCAGCCAGGUGGUACUGGGCCAAAAGGUUUACCAGGUCCGCAGGGUGUUAUUGGUUUCCCAGGAGAGAGAGGAGCACAGGGACCUAAAGGUGAUAAUGGAAUGGGUGGAGUACCAGGCCCUAUAGGAUCAAAGGGUGAACAAGGCGCACCAGGUUUCCAAGGAAAGCAAGGUAUUCUAGGUGCAGCAGGUCCCCCAGGCCAGAUGGGUUUUAUGGGACCCCAGGGUCCAAAGGGUGAACCAGGAUUGACUGGUGCUCCAGGUAUCCCUGGCAGAAUGGGAUCACCAGGAGAUAAAGGACAUCCGGGGCUUCCAGGCCCGCGGGGUGAAAAUGGCGAAAACGGCAUCCCUGGAGCAAGAGGACCAGCAGGCCAAGUGGGACCGGGCGGUCCAUCGGGGGUUAAGGGCCAUCCAGGACUCCCAGGACCCCCUGGCCCAGCAGGUUUCACAGCGAAGGGAAGUUCUGGACCUCAGGGUCCUCAUGGUAUACCUGGUGCCAGAGGUCAGAAUGGUCUCCCAGGCCCUCAAGGUCCUCCUGGACCACCUGGUCCCCCAGGCCAGAUUAUGUACUAUCAUGACAAAAGCAUGCCUAUCAAGUCUCAUAAAAUGGCAAUGUCUGUUAGUCAUGAACAGAUUAAGGUGCCCAUGUCAGCAUUUACAGCACUUCUUACCACUGCAUAUCCCAAUCCUGGAACACCAAUCAUAUUCAACCAAAUAGUGUACAAUGGAGAGAACCACUAUAAUCCAAACACCGGCAUGUUUACCUGUCAAGUUCCAGGACUGUACUACUUUUCCUUCCAUAUACAUGUCAAUGGAGCAAAUGCAUUAGUAGCACUUUAUAAAAAUAGAGAACCAGUCGUGUUCUCUUAUGACGAGUACAACAAGGGUUUUCUUGAUCAGAUGUCUGGUAGUGCCAUCCUUAUGCUACAUGCCUAUGACACUGUGUACAUUCAGGUUUCAGAUGAUCAGUCAAAUGGCAUUUAUGCUGAUGAAAAUGUUCACUGCUCUUUUUCUGGUUUCUUGAUUGCUUCAACAUAAUAAGCAUGCAAAUACAAAUCUAAAACUUUCUUAUUCAACAGAUGUCUGCUUUUAUAUUAAAAUGUUGCUGUUGUCAAAAGAAGAUAAAAGGAUGAUUUUAAGACAUAUGCCAUAUGCAGGUUGAAAUACUGCCCUGUGCAUCUACCUGUUUUAAGAAAUUCAAAUACACAGACAAAGCAUCAAUCAAUAAAUCUGCCUAUAAAUUUGUGAAAUGGUCCUGCUAGUUUCCAUGUGUAAUCCUAAAGCUUUUCUGUUAUGCUUUCCGUUUCAAUAAAAUAAGUUUUGUUUUAUUAAUUUA